GCUUGCCGAUGGCCUCCCUCCUCUUAUUUAGUCCCGUGAACUCCUCCCCCUCCUCCUGCGCUCUUAAUCCACGACUUCUCUCCACCCCACACUCCCCGCUCCGGCCGCACUUCUGCACUGCUGCCCGCACCCGCAGGAGAUUCCGGCGCCGCCCCCCGGUGGGCGACGGCAUGGCGUCCCCCUCCGCCGCCCCCCUGCAGCCGCCGCUCCGCCGGAAGGAAGGCGUCGGCGGAGGCUUCGAGGGGUACGACGACGAGGAGGCCGCACUACAACCUCUGGAGCCCGAUAGUGCCGAGGUCGAGACGCCCUCCUCCGGCCGCAUGAUGGGGACUUCCAGGUCAAGGAAUCAGCUACUUGUAGCUAAAGGAGAUAAAUUGUCUAGUUAUACUGCAGGGGAGGCACAGUUAUCCAAUACAAACAUUCCUCAGAGGAGCAGGUCCAAGAUUAGCAGCAUAACAUGUUUUGGAGUGGAUUUGACACCAGACAAUUUUGCAGUAGCAAUUGUGUAUUUUGUGCAAGGAGUUUUAGGCCUUGCUGGGCUUGCUGUGAGCUUUUACUUGAAGGACGAUCUUCACCUCGAUCCCGCAGAGACAGCAGUUAUAACAGGUCUAUCUUCUUUGCCAUGGUUGAUCAAGCCUCUUUAUGGGUUUAUCAGCGACUCCUUCCCACUCUAUGGCUAUCGAAGAAGGUCAUACCUUUUCUUGUCAGGAGUUCUUGGAGCACUUUCUUGGAGCUUAAUGGCUACGUUGGUUGAUAGCAAAUAUAGCGCUGGAAUUUGCAUUCUUCUUGGAUCUCUUUCAGUUGCCUUUUCAGAUGUUGUUGUUGAUUCAAUGGUUGUUGAAAGGGCUCGUGGUGAGUCACAGAGCACAUCAGGAUCCCUUCAGUCUUUGUGCUGGGGAUCUUCAGCCUUUGGUGGGAUCGUGAGUGCAUAUUUUAGUGGUUCACUAGUGGAUGCAUUUGGUGUAAGAUUUGUUUUUGGUGUUACCGCCUUUCUCCCACUAAUGACAUCAGCAGUUGCUCUUCUUGUAAAAGAACAAUCUUUCAAUGCUACUAGAGGACAUAAUUCUUCAAGUGCCAGUUCAGGCUUUCUACAGAGUUCCAAGCAAAGUAUUCUGCAGUUGUGGGCCACCAUCAAGCAGCCUGACAUCCUUUAUCCAACAUUAUUUCUAUUCCUGUGGCAAGCAACUCCACAAUCAGAGUCUGCCAUGUUCUUUUUUGUCACAAAUAAGCUUGGGUUUACUCCAGAAUUUCUUGGCCGUGUCAAGCUUGUUACUUCAGUGGCAUCCUUGGUAGGUGUUGCACUGUAUAAUUCAUAUCUGAAGAAUGUUCCACUAAGAAAAAUCUUUCUUGUGACAACAAUUUUUGGUUCAGCCCUUGGGAUGACACAGGUUUUUCUUGUCACUGGAUUAAACCGACAGUUUGGUAUUAAUGAUGAAUGGUUUUCCAUUGGGGAUUCUUUAAUUAUAACAGUUCUCAGUCAGGCUUCAUUCAUGCCCGUUUUGGUAUUAGCAGCCAGGUUAUGUCCAUCUGGAGUGGAGGCCACCCUGUUUGCUACACUCAUGUCAAUAUCAAAUGCGGGCGGUGUCACUGGUGGCCUCAUAGGUGCUGGCUUCACUCAACUUCUAGGUGUCACAAAGGACAACUUCGAAAACUUGGCUCUGUUGAUUGUGAUCUGCAAUCUCAGCUCGAUGCUGCCUUUGCCUUUGCUUAGGCUACUUCCAGAGGAGGAAGAAGAUCUGAAGAAUCUCGACAUCGAACAAGCAAAGUUAAAUUGAGCAUCAUAUUUGAGGGAACAUCUCUGUGCCAUAGUCACUGCUAGAUCCAAGAUACCAGGUUGGAAUUCCCAUAUAGUGAUUCAUGCAACAACUAACCCACAUACACAGUCCUGCAUUCAUCCAGUGUUUUAAGAUAGCAGGCAGCUGUAGGUUCUUUCAUAUUUUACCACUCAUUAAAGGAAUCACCCUCAGUUUUCAGAUCACGGCAGAUUAACAUGUAUUAGUGUAUUAUCGUUCUUUCCGAUUCUGUUAUUGUAAAUAUUUGUAAGUGAAAAGUAGCUUUAUGCUGCUA